UUCAUUUUUGCUCUGGGAAGUUUUUUCAACAUAUAGUUUUAUAACUUCAAUGAACAGGAAGUUAUGUUUCGAGUGUUCAUCAGUUGCAAGGUUUAGAGCAUUAUUUUUUCUUACGGUCGUUGUUGCUUCAGGUAGUAUAUGUGCUCUUUCUCUGGAGCUUUUUUCCACCUGUGAAUUAAAAGAAGAUUCCUUUCGUGUUUCUAUUUUAGCCAUAAAAAGUUGGCUAUCUCUUAUGUCAGUUCAGAGAGUUACUCUUUUCCAAGAAAGUUAUGACAGCUGUGCACGUCUUUUCCCUUUUUUUGAGGAUUCAAAGUUUCGCUGUGUUGCUUUGAACGAAUCAAAAGACAGUUAUAGCCUACAAAUGAAUCAUCUGUUCGACGCUGCAAAGCAACAUACUGUCUCAAAGUAUGUGGGGUACAUAAAUUGUGAUAUUGCAGUCUUCUCUGAAUUCGAUCACGCUCUUCAAAAUAUUUUGUAUUCUGAUGGAGGUUCAAAGAAAGCAAUCGUUGGUAGAAGAAAAGAUGUUUCAAUUUCAAAUAUUUCUUUGGAUUCCUUAAUGAAAAAUAUUUCAAUUGUUCGGGAAUAUGCACAGAGGCAUGGCCAUCAUCACGGAAGUUUCGGGAAGGACUACUUUAUUUUUCCUCGCGAGUUCUUAAGGGAUUUUCCACCGUUUCUUAUUGGAAGGCCUAAAUGGGAUGAUUGGUUUCUUACAAAAUUGCUACUUCAGGAACCACGUGACUUAUCCAUAUACAGAUUGGACGAUAGUAUUCCAGUGGUUCAUAUGCAAAUCGAUGAGAACAGUUGGAGUCAUGAGAAGCUUGGCGCCCUUGAGAAUGAAGAGCUUUUUAAACAAAUUUGGACUUGCCAGCCAAUAUCCGAUAUAUUGAAUGUUGAAACAGUGGUUGUCCCUGCAAAUGGCUCUGAGAGAGAUUCGUUUCAGAUGGUAGAAAGCAUUCCAAACACUCCAUUACAACUACUUUUUGCAAGAAAAAGCCAGUGUAAUGAGACACUAUAUUUAUAUGAAGACCUUUCCUUUGGUUCAGAGUUUGCACUGUCCUUCAGAAAGAUAAUCGAAAGUUGUAAGCGAUGUAUUCAUAUCGUGCAUACAAUGACUGCUUGCAUAUACUGUCGAAGAUACGCGUCAGCCUGCAUUUGUAUGCAUGAAUCGGAAACGAGUAUGCAACAGUACUUUCAAAGGGAUUUGCCUCUUAUGAAUCAACAGGUGCAACAGAUAGAGUUAUUACGUCGUCGAUUCUAUAUUCUUUCAACAGCUGUUGAAAACGGCUAUAAAGUCAAUUAUCAGAUAGGAGCGAAAAUUCCUAGAAGUAGCCUCGUUAUUUUAGGUAGCCACCCUGAAGACAUGGCAUAUACAAAAGGCUUUUUGGAGGCAAUUAGUGGUACCUACGAGUUUCCUCCUAGUAGUUAUGAAUUUAUAACGCUAAAGCCUUCUUACGCUGCAAGAGAAUUUCUGACAAUAUUACAUAUUUGCAUUUUAAAGUUCACAACAACAAGUAAUUGGGAGGAAGUACAAAUGAAACUGUCUUCAAAGAAUGGGCGUAGAACACAUUCAUUCCAGAAGUGCGUAGAAAGUCUCGGAAUCCGGUCGAGAGAUUAACCCUUAAGAUUAUUGGGAGAUAUUUAGCUCAAAGAAAUUGGUUGACGUCGAGUUGAGAACUUGUUCUUAAAGGCAACGUAGCAUUCAUGUCUGAAACUGUAAACUCCAAUUCAGAGGAGGUUUCUCUGUUUAAUGAAUCUCCUCCAGAGAUCUUUGAAAUGGAGGAAGAAAACAGUACGACCAUAUAUGCUCAAUCUAUGGACACCGAGUCUAGUUCAAGUGAAGUGAACACAAGAAGCUCAACCUUGACUUUAGAAAGGAAACUACAAAAGUACAAGUUUCUGAAGCGACCAACUAGGCAACCACAUUUUACGGAAGAAGAAGUAACGAGGGCGUCACUACUAUAUGAGGGAUAGCAAGUGUGCGUGAGACCAAGGAUUUUCGGUUGGCGACUUAGGAACUAGCUGGCAAGUGAAAGUUUUCAAGUUUGUCGAAAAUAAAAAGCGAUAAAGCAUAAAAGUCAAAACACACAU